CAGGUAAUGAACCAAAAGGAUCAUGUCUGAAGUACAAGGAACGGUGGAAUUUUCUGUAGAGCUACAUAAGUUUUAUAAUGUGGAUCUUUUUCAGAGAGGGUAUUACCAGAUCCGAGUGACCUUGAAGGUGUCCUCAAGGAUCCCUCACAGAGUCAGUGCCUCCAUCGCUGGGCAGACAGAGAGCAGCAGCCUGCGUUCAGCCUGUGUCCACGACAGCACCUUGCAUAGCCGAGUCUUUCAGAUCUUAUACCGGAAUGAAGAGGUACCCAUAAAUGAUGCCGCGAUCUUCCAAGCUCAUUUACUCUUAGAUGGUGAAAGGGUGGAAGAUGCACUGAGUGAAGUCGAUUUUCAACUCAAGGUGGACCUGCACUUUACGGAGAGCGAACAGCAGUUGAGGGACGUGGCCGGGGCACCCAUGAUCAGCAGCCGCACGCUUGGCCUACACUUCCACCCACGGAAGGGUCUGCACCACCAGGUGCCAGUCAUGUUCGACUAUUUCCACCUCUCUGUGAUCUCCGUGACCAUCCACGCGGCGCUGGUGGCUCUGCGGCAGCCCCUGAUCAGUUUUACUCGUCCGGGAAGAGGCUCCUGGCUUGGUAGAGGUGGCCCAGACAUGGGGCAAGAACAGUCCAUCAUUUCUCUGGAAAACCUGGUCUUUGGAGCUGGAUACUGCAAGCCGACUUCCUCAGAGGGGAGCUUCUACAUCCCGUCGGAGAACUGCAUGCAGCACGCACACAAGUGGCACCGAGACCUGUGCCUGCUGCUCCUGCGUGCCUACCGGGGACUCCGCCUCUACUUCCUGGUGAUUAUGAGAGAUGUCCCGGAGCUGCCGCACACGGAGCUGGAGGCCCUUGCUGUUGAAGAAACACUUUCUCAGCUGUGCUCGGAGCUACAGAUGUUGAACAAUCCAGAGAAGAUAGCAGAGCAGAUAAGUAAGGACCUCGCCUGGCUGGCCGCCCACCUGAUGGCUCUGUGGGCCCAAUUCCUGGACACGGUGACUCUGCACUCCCACGUGACCACUUAUCUCACCCAGGAACAUCACACCCUGAGGGUUCGAAGGUUUUCUGAGGCUUUCUUUUAUAUGGAGCACCAAAAACUUGCAGUUCUGACUUUUCAGGAAAAUCUGACACAGAGCCACAGCCAGCUGUCUCUGGACAUCCGGAAUUCAGAGUACCUCACCAGCAUGCCCCCGCUGCCAGCCGAGUGCCUGGACAUCGACGGCGACUGGAGCACCCUGCCGGUUAUCUUCGAGGACAGAUACGUGGACUGCCCGGGCACAGGGCAUAAUUUGAGUGUUUACCCUAAUUUUGAUGUUUCAGCGACAAGUCCCACAAUAAGGCAUCUAAAAAAGAAAGAAGAGAACCAUAUUGUAAAUAGAAAAGUUCCUUUUAGGGACGACCUUGUCUUGUCUACUGUGAAACCAGCCCAAAUGGACGCUCAUGAAGAGGUUAUUAGGCGUCCAGAGCCAGAUGAGAAUGUAACAACACAAAAUCACGUGGACGUGUGCUCUGAAUCUCAGGUGUAUCUGACAAUUGGUGAAUUUCAGGACAAAGCAGGUACGCACGAAGAUGAAUGUGGGACUGGCCAGAGAGCUGAUGUUGGAACAUGCCCACUGACAGAUGUGGACAUGUCCAGAAGGAGUCCAGGCCCGGAGGAUGGACAGGCCCCAGCACUGACCUACAUUGAUGUAAAAUGUAGCAAUAAGAACCCCCACAGAGCUGAACCCAUGGUGGUCGUCAGUGCUCAGCACGAGAGUAGGAGCUCUAGGGACAAGUGUGGAUCAGACAGGACUGGGUUAAGCAAAGCGGUAGCAGGUGAAAAUCACCAAAAUGCCAUCUCUUCGGAAAAAACAGUUCUCCGUGAAUUAGGCACUCUAGGAAAGGGAGCUGAACAGGAGACUAAGAUGGUGCUGCUACGUCUGAAACUCAUUGCCUCUGAGCCCUGUGGCCCACUAAGCUCUACUCUGAGGGAGCCCUUGGAUGGUAGGUCUUCCCUCAAGGACCCUCACACAGAAGAGCAGGAGGAACUGUCAGUGCUCUCUGGGGUCAUCAAGAGAUCUUCUUCCACCAUCUCUGAUUCAGGCAUUGAGAGUGAGCCAAGCUCCGUCGCUUGGUCCGAGGCCCGGAGCAGGGCUCUGGAGCUGCCUAGCGAUCGGGAAGUCUUGCACCCGUUCGUUCGAAGACACACACUGCACAGGAACUCCUUAGAGGGUGGACACACUGAAAGCAACGUGAGUUUGCCAAGCGGCAUCCAGGCUUCUCUCACUUCCAUUAGCUCUUUGCCUUUUGAGGAGGAGGAGCGGGAGUUGGCGCUCACCAAGUUAACCAAGUCUGUGUCUGCACCCCAAAUCAGUAGUCCAGAGGAAGCUGCUAAUGACGAAGACACCAUUCAGCAAGAUAGAGGUUUUGGUGAACCUUCAGAUGUGGACCUCAAGAGCAAAGAUUCUCCUGGACACUGUUCUCACCUUUGUGGUGGCUCUAGAAUCCAGGACGCUAGGGUAAACCACUCCGUUGUGGAGGUAGAUUUAGAUGCUGACAACCAGCAGGGCCCUGGUUACAUAGACAUUCCCAAAGGUAAAGGGAGUCAGUGUGAUCCUCAAGGGCACUGUCAUCUUGAUGGCAGGACUGAGAACACUGCAAGUGUUGAAACCAAAGGUCUUAGUUUAAAACCAGCACGUGUCAUAGCACUUGAAAACACUAGGACCAGAUCUCUUCACAGAGCACUGGCGGGAGCCCCGAAGGGCGUGCCUACAGACUUCGAUGUGGAUAAACGAGCUCUUUCCAAUGAUGGCAUCUCGGAGGGUGAGGGUAUCGCCCAUCAUAAGGUGCCUGAAUUGAGCUGUACAUCGGCUGCUGAUGCCAUCAAGCUGAGUUCAACAGGCAAGCAAAGCGGUUUGCCUCAGAUUGUUAAUGACACAGCAUUUAACAGAGGAGUGACUGCCUUCUCUGAAGUUGAUCAUAAAGCAGGCACUGUGUGCCCCACUGUGACUCACUCCAUUCACCCCAAAGCUUUGAGAAACCAAGAGCCAAAGGCAGGUUCUUCCAUCGUGGGGUCCCCCCUGACCUCUGCAGAGACCUUCACUCUGGAGAACCUGAAGGCUGUGGAGGUCGUUAACUUGUCUGUGUCAUGCACUGCCACAUGUCUCCCUUUCUCGUCUGUGCCCAAGGAGACCCCUGCCAGGGCUGGAUUUUCUUCCAAACAGACCUCAUUUCCCAUCACUCAUCAACCUGUGGGUUCCUUUGGAGUUGUUCCUACCCAUUCCAGCAAGUUGGAGGAAGAAGCCAGUGAAAGGAUGUUUAGUUUUUAUCAGGCCAAAGAAAAAUUUAAAAAAGAACUGAAGAUUGAAGGAUUUCUGUACAGUGACUUAUCUGUACUAGCUUCUGAUAUACCGUAUUUCCCACCAGAGGAAGAGGAAGAAAAUUUGGAAGAUGGGAUUCACCUGGUUGUCUGUGUCCAUGGCCUGGAUGGGAACAGUGCGGACCUCCGGCUGGUGAAGACUUUCAUAGAACUGGGGCUCCCUGGAGGAAAACUGGACUUCCUAAUGUCCGAAAAGAAUCAGAUGGACACAUUUGCAGAUUUUGAUACCAUGACGGAUCGGUUAUUGGAUGAAAUCAUUCAACACAUUCAGUUGUACAACCUCUCCAUAUCCCGAAUUAGCUUCAUUGGCCACUCCCUUGGCAACAUCAUCAUCAGGUCAGUUCUUACACGGCCCCGGUUCCGGUAUUAUCUCAACAAACUCCACACGUUCCUGUCACUGUCUGGGCCUCACCUGGGGACCCUGUACAACAACAGUACUCUGGUUAGUACAGGCUUGUGGCUCAUGCAGAAAUUGAAGAAGUCUGGGUCUCUACUGCAGCUGACCUUCAGGGAUAAUGCUGAUUUGCGCAAAUGUUUCCUCUAUCAACUAAGCCAAAAAACAGGGCUGCAGUAUUUUAAAAAUGUCGUGCUGGUUGCUUCUCCGCAAGACCGCUACGUGCCAUUUCAUUCAGCCAGGAUCGAAAUGUGUAAAACUGCCCUCAAAGACAGACACACAGGGCCAGUUUAUGCGGAAAUGAUCAACAACCUUCUGGGCCCUCUGGUUGAAGCCAAGGACUGCACUUUAAUCCGACACAAUGUGUUCCACGCGCUGCCCAACACUGCCAACACCCUGAUCGGCCGUGCAGCCCACAUCGCUGUUCUGGAUUCAGAACUCUUCCUAGAGAAGUUUUUCUUGGUGGCGGGACUCAACUAUUUCAAGUAGUGGCUUUGUGGGAGCAAGCCUUGGGUAACUCACCAGAAGCGAUUAAGAUUGAUCCAGAGCUUUAGCUGAGACAUGCUUUUAUAGACCUCAUCAUUUCAAGGUGAAGCUCCAAGAGGACGGUGGUGAGGUGUGGAGGCUGGGUGGAACCGGACAUUAGAGGUGCUUUUGGAGAUUUGGGAAAGCCCAACAAAGAGUAUAAAUGACAACAGACUUUGCUUGAAUUUGUCUAGCCAUCUGGAGUCUCAUUCAAGAUGCUUUCUAGGAAAAAUAUGAGACCAAAAAAGGGACAGGAUACUUGGAGUUGGUGAGCCCACCUUUUUAACCA